AUGAAUGUCCCAAACAUCAAACUCAGCAGUGGCUAUGAAAUGCCUCUUGUCGGCUUUGGCUUGUGGAAAGUUGACAAACCCAUUUGCGCCGAGCAAGUUUAUAACGCAAUCAAAGCAGGAUAUCGCUGCUUCGAUGGCGCUUGCGACUAUGGCAACGAAGUGGAAGCCGGUAAGGGCGUGGCACUCGCUAUCAAAGAUGGUCUGGUUAAAAGAGAAGACCUCUUCCUUGUCUCGAAGCUGUGGAACACUUUCCAUGACCCUGAGAAUGUAGAGCCAAUCUGCAAAAAGCAGUUGGCUGACUGGGGAAUUGAUUAUUUUGACCUGUACCUAAUCCACUUCCCAAUUGCGUUGAAAUAUGUCGAUCCCUCUGUCCGAUAUCCACCGGGAUUCCGAAACGAAGGCGACCAAGUCGUUCUUAGCAACGCGUCUACACAGCAAACCUGGGCGGCGAUGGAAAGUCUUGUGGAUAAAAAGCUUGUCCGCAGUAUUGGGAUCAGUAACUUCAACGUGCAACACAUCAUGGACUUACUUCGAUACGCGCGCAUCCGUCCCGCCACUUUGCAAAUCGAGCAUCACCCAUACCUUACCCAGCCAGAUCUAGUCAGAUAUGCCCAGAAACUGGGGAUUGCUCUGACUGCGUAUUCAUCUUUUGGUUCCCAGAGCUUUGUCGAAUUCGACAUGGAGUCUGUUAAAGGGGUAACUCUUCUAAUGGAACACUCUGAUAUCAAGUCCAUCGCGGAAAAGCAUAAUAAGGCUCCUUCACAAGUCUUACUGAGAUGGGCGACACAACGUGGGAUUGCAGUUAUACCAAAAACCAAUGACGCAAAGAGAUUGGCAUUGAAUUUGGACGUCACUGGGUUUGAUCUGGCUGAUGAAGAUAUGGCAGCCAUCAGUAAAUUAAACCGAGGACUGAGGUUUAAUAACCCCCCUAACGUGAGUACUCUGCUUUAG